AUGGAGAGUAACUUGCCCUCAGAUGGCGCUCUCGCUCCAUCUGCUGAAUCCAUAGUUUCGCGCAUUGAGUCGUUGGUAUUGUUUUUCUUGCACAGAAUUUCGGAGGAUCCAGCGAAUGACUCCGAAACAAAGGUUUCUCAAGAUGAAACUCUGUUUCCUGAGUCUUUUGCUGCGGACAAUGAGUCGAAUACGGCCACUGACAGUCCCGAAUUCUUGUUCCCGCCUCUUUCGGACAGAUCCAUUCAGCGUUCUGCCAGCCUGCUGGCCAUCAUGCGAACUAUCCUGUCCCUUCACGCAGAAAAGCGUUACUCGACCUUGCGGCAUGUGUAUUACUCCAACGUUACCAUAGCGCCUUCCCAGCGGGUCAUCGACAGAGGCGUAGCGGCCCUCACCCAGUUCUUGAAAACACCCCGCGAGGAGCUCCGCAUCACCAGCACAUCAAAAUGCAUCAUAAAGGGCCCAAUUAUAAUACAAGAAAGGACGUAUAUCAGCGCGCGGAGCGUCUUGUGGCACAUUCGUCAGCGUUUUGGAAGCCAGCUGCCGAUAUUUCUGCUGACCGACUUCGACCCUCACGGCCUUCUCGUUGCAAUGACUUACGCGUUUCCGCCUCGGAAAGCUACAAGAUACUCAGAUGAGGCCGGCGCGUUCUUCGGAGUGCCGCUGUCUGAUAUGUCCACCAUGUCGGACUCAAAGCGCAAUUUGCUUCCAGGCCGGAAUUCCUUCACUCAUUACGAGCUUUUUAGGUUGGACGUUUUUGAAGACUUGCCGCGCUUUAUUAUUGGAGCGAUAGACGGAGAGCUCAGCGCUGAUGACAGCGAAAAAAGCUGCGCUGACUGCAGCCAGGCGUGA